GGUUGAAUGAAAUUCACAGGGUAGCACAGUACGUCGAUAGCAACGGGACUCAAGAGUCCCACUGGACCACGCAAGUGGCCCUGAGGCAUAAAGAAGGGAUAGGAGCCCAUGAAGACAAAGAUACUCCCGUUUUAUACGCAGAGAAACGCACGUGGGCUAAUCUCAACAUGAGGGUAAAUACCCCGAUAGCAAAACACUUGAGGGUUGCUAUGCUUGCUAUGGUUGCUACCAUACCAACCAUACCAAGCAUGAAGAAGAAUAGGGACCUUGGUUUCCUCCGUAUGGGUCUUACCAAAGAACGCGUUCUUAGCCCCCUGUUGAGCUCUGCUCAUCUUGGAAUUAAGGGCGGGCCUACGGCCCGGGAUCCUUUGGAUCCCCCAGGCCGGUCUGCUGCUCGAAGCCCAGGUUCUCCUUCUUCGACGCACCAAGGGUUAGAUGGCACUAAAGUGCCAGUCAGACUUAGGCGGCCCAUUAGCGGGGCUUCAGAUAAGCCCGGGCUACAUAGUAAUCAGCUGUCUCAUUGUUAUACCAAAGGGAAAGGCAAAAGGCCAAAGGCAGAAGGCAGAGUCGAUCUAAUUCGUACCAGGUUUUAUCCAAGCUAUGGGGCCCCCGGGGAUCCGUAG